AUGUCUCUUCAACAAUUGGACCCCAACUGUGUGGUUUCAUUCGAGUACUCAAAGAAGAAUGAGGACCUCUUGGUUUCUGCAUUGCAUAAGAACGGGUUGCCAAAUUUAGUUAGACCAGGCGAAACUUCUGAUAUUGGCUAUGCCUUUGUACGUUUCGAGAAAAGUGACGACGGAAACACUGGCGCUCACAACAAGCAUUAUCAAAGAACUAGUCAAACCAUUUCCAACUUCCAUAACCUUAUAACUGAUUGUAAUUUCAUUAAGGAAGUAACUCCAUUUUAUGAUGUAGAAACUUCCAAAAAAUUAAAUGAAUUGUCUGCACAAUUGAUCUUUAAGGAUUUCUUUCAUUUACCUAAGGAUUAUGAGCUGUUGGAUUUUAAUAAUUUGACUAAUAAUCCAAGACAAUCUUUAUAUUUUGCAUUUUUCAAGAAUUAUAUGAAUUGGCUAGGCAUACUAUCAAUUGUUGGCGCCACAUUCAGAUUCUUCACAUAUUCCCAGAAAUUUCCUUGGGAAUUCAACUCAUAUUACUGUUUUUUCUUAGUCAGUUGGUCCAUGUUAUUUGUUGCUCAAUGGAUUUAUAAGAAACAAAAAUACUACAAUGCGAAAUUCAAUACAUUCCUAUACGUUUCCACCAACUCACACGAUUUGACUUCCAAGACAGUUGAUACUCCUGUAAGUGUUAUGUUGAAGAAAUGUUGCUUUAUUCCAAUUAUAUUGCUAUUUGUGACUGUCUUAUUGCUAUUGCAAUUCGGAUUUUUCCUCAUUGAAAUAUUUAUUACUCAAUUAUAUUCUGGUCCAUUCGUCUCCAUCCUAUCUUUAUUACCCACCGUAUUAAAUAUGGUCUGUGUUCCACUUUUAAUGAAAGUGUACAAUACCUUUUUCGUUAACAAAUUUGUUAGUUGGGAAAAUGGGCCCAACGAAGAGACUUCCAAAUUGGAGAAGAAUUUCAUUUUCACUUUCUUAAUUAAUUAUGUCCCAUUAUUAAUAACUCUUUUCAUUUAUUUGCCAUUUGGUUAUCAAUUAUUCCCUAAUUGGAAUCAAUUCUCUGCUGUUCGUGCAUUCAAAGUGAAUGCCAGCCGUCAUCAAAGUCAAUUUUUUUACUUUAUUGUGACUAAUCAAUUGAUUAUCUUUGCCAUGGAUAACAUUUUACCCACUGUCUUAAGUUUAGUCAAGGGUAAAUUAGCCAAGAAUACUAAAGACAACAAGACGAUAACUAUGAUGAGAGACACAUUUAAACGUGAUGUACCUCAAUGGGAAAAAUUACUUAAGGGUCCAUUAAGCGGACGUCAAGAAUUCGAUUUGAAUGCCAACUAUCAAAAGAUUAUACUACAAUUUGGAUUUAUUUCCAUGUUUUCUGUUGUUUGGCCAUUAGCACCUCUAUUUUGUUACUUGAUAAACACAAUUACUUUCAAGGCAGACUUAUGGAAAGUGUUAAACAUUUAUAAACCAUCUAAUAUUGCCUUGAAUCUUUUCUCACCACAUACACAUCAUCAUAUGCAUGCCAAUUUAAAGAAUUUCUUUUGGAACAAGAUUUUAAUCAUAAUGAUUGGAAUUAGUGGUACUAUUGCCAUGACUUUAACAUUUAUGUACCGAUCAUGUUAUUUACCAGGUGUUGGUGUAGUUACCACUGUGUCAUCAACUUGGUAUUUGAACUCGCCUUUGAGUCAUCAUUGGACUACUAUCUUGUUAGUGAGUAUGGUAUUUGAACAUGUGGUGCUAUUGUCAUUCCAUCUCGUACGCAAAAUUAUCAUUGCAUCAGAAGAAUCCACUAAUGGUUGCUUUGUUCCCACCAGAGUGGAAACUCUUUCCUCCUCCGAUAUUACUCCAAUUACAACCACCAAGAGUACCGAACUGUUAGGAGAUGAGGAGAAGACUACCAAUAUACCAACUGCUGAGAAGAAGAACAACACAGAAUUAGUUUCUAAGUCACAGGACAAAGACAGCAAACCACACGCGACGACGACGACGACAACGACAAAUAAUUUAUCUGUUGUUGCUCCCGGCACGACGGGAAAGCUUCGUGAUUUAUCCAAAUCCUCCAUAAUCACUGGAAUCACGAUGGAAGCAGAUGAAAAUAGUGUUGCUGGUGCGACCUUACCUCAAAUAAUCCCUACUUCCAAGAAUUACCAUUUAAGAUUUGAUGAGGAGGGCAAUCCUCUCACAUGUGAGAGUCACACCAAUAUACCUAUCACGGAAGUUCCCACGUCCACGACACCCUUACCCAAGAUUUCCAUUACUGAUUCCAAGACGCAAGAACCAUCCGCCAAGGAGACCAAGUCCAUGCCCUGCCUCACCGUUGAACAACCACCACCACAACCACCACAACCAAGUAGUAAGAAUGUGACGCCCUCGGUGAAGUCCGUCAAGACAGCCAAGACGGAGCACAGUCACCGUGCGUCGUCCUCGAUUGUUUCGUCCUCUCACCUACGCCACCAUACGACGUCCACGACUACGAGCAAGACGAGACCCAGAUCGACGAUUGCGAGGGACACGCCCAAGGAACGGUCUGCCUCGGCGGAGGGUUCGAGCAAGAGCAUGUCUGCUGUGACAGGCGGGAAGGUCGAGAAGAGGGAGAAGAAGGGUCUGUUCCACAAGCUGAAGAAGAAGUUGUGA